AGCGAGAAGGUCCUUGAAAAGUUUCGAGUGCCGGCGCGUCUUCCCGGCAGCCGCGAUCCUCCAGUCCGGGGUCUUUUCGAUUACAGUUCCGCCGCCCGACAAUGGCGGAAAACACGGAUACUAUAAUGGAGGGCAGGUCUCGGGACAAUUUAUCCGUCUCCGAAGAGGCUCGGCGAGUUGGUUAAAGGCCUGCACGUUUGUCUCUCUCUUCUCUUACCGACUCCCCCUAUCCAUCCCUCCCUCCCUCCCUCUUUCCUCCUCCUCCGCUCGCAGAAAUCUAUAAAGAACAAAAAAUCCGCCGGGGGAGGGGGUUUAUGCGCUGGAGUCGGAAAGCAGAGGCUAACCCAGGAAAGACGAGCGCUUCGCACACGGGACUUUCCCCCCCUUAGUCCCCAAAAAGGAGGGGGGAAAGUAAAACAAUCAAAGAAGGGAAAGGCGAAUGAAGACCGAGAAAGAAGGGAAUUCGCCUGUCUUUUUCUGGAUAUAUAUAUUUAUAUAAUUCGUGAAAAAUAUGGCCGAGAACGUUCUGGACUCCGGCCCGCCUUCAGCCAAGAGGCCUAAACUAUCCUCUCCGGCACUUUCGGUCUCUGCCAGCGAUGGAAAUGACUUCAAGUCGCUGUUUGACCUGGAGCAUGACUUGCCGGACGAGCUCAUCUCCUCGGCGGAUCUGGGUCUGGUCAAUGGUGGGGAUGUGGGUCAGCUGCACGUGGGCCUUCCCGGGGGGGCCGGGGGCCAGGACGCGGCCGCCAAGCACAAGCAGCUCUCGGAGCUCCUGCGGACAGGUGGGCCGCCCGCAACUGCGCAGCCACAGCAGCAGCAGGCGGCCAGUGGCAGCCCCAGCAGUGGGGCCAUGGGGCUCCUGAGCAGUAUGAAGGCGUCCCCCGCCAUGCCAGGCAUGGGGGUGCAGCAGCAGCAUGUCCAAGCCCAGCAGGCUACCAUGAUGCAGCAGCAAGGGAUGCUGAACAGAGGCAUGAUGGGACCCCAGAAGGGCAACGGCCAGCCAACAGCACCCACGCCUCCGCAGCAGCAGGUCAUGAUGGGAGGGCAGGUGAUGAACGGCUCUCCACGCAUGGCCUACUCGAACCCUGGGAUGGGGAGCAAUAACAACAGCCUGCUAGCGGAAACGCUGCAACAGCAACAACAACUACAGCAGCAGCAGCUUGGUGCUGGAGCACAGACUGGAAUGAGGGGGACCCAGCAAUCGGCAGCAAUGAACAAGAUGGGAAUGAUGGGAAACCAAGGAACCUACAGUGCAUCGUACGGCCAGUCGACAGGCCAGGGGCUGGGGGGUGCUGGGCUGAGCCCACAGAUGCAGAACAAACCCCCCCCUCCCAACAGCUUAGCCCAGUUCCCUCUUGACAAGAAGAUCCAACCUGUGCAAGGAUUGCCCAACAUGCCCACCUCAAUAGUAUCCGGGGGAGCUGGCAAUGUGGCGGCUGGGGGAAUGGUGUCCGGCUCUCAGGGCACACUGGGUUCAGCUGCCCCCGGUACGGCGGCAGCGGCGGCGGCAGCGCCCCCCACAGCCGACCCGGAGAAGCGCAAGCUGAUCCAGCAGCAGUUGGUGCUCCUGUUGCACGCCCACAAGUGCCAGCGACGCGAGCAGGCCAACGGGGAGGUGCGGCAGUGCAACCUGCCCCACUGCCGCACCAUGAAGAACGUGCUGAACCACAUGACCCUCUGCCAGGCCGGCAAGGCCUGCCAAGUGGCACACUGCGCCUCAUCACGGCAGAUCAUCUCUCACUGGAAGAACUGCACGCGGCAUGACUGUCCCGUCUGCUUGCCGCUGAAGAAUGCUGGGGACAAGAGGAACCAGCAGACCAUGCUGGGCUCUUCCAGCGUGGGCCUGGGCAGCUCCCUAGGGACUGUGCCUGGAGGCCAGCCUAGCACGCCCAGCCUCAGUACCCCCAGCCAGAUCGACCCCAGCUCCAUCGAGCGGGCCUACGCCGCCCUGGGACUCACCUACCAGGGAGCCCAGAUGACGGCGCAGCAGCCCCAGGGUCAGAUGAGCGGCCAGGCCGGCAUCAGGCCACUCGGUACCGUGGGUGGCAGCCCCAUUGGCAUGAACGGGGGCGUCGGCGUCCAGCCACAAACCCAGCAGCCCGGGCUGUUGCCGGACGCCUUGCUACACGCCACCAUGGGCUCCCAGAGUCUAACGAACGACAGCAGCACCGUCAGCAACCUGGGCUCCAUGCCAGCCAGUGCCCCGCCCUCCUCCACCGGCAUGCGGAAGAGCUGGCAGGAAGACAUCACCCAGGACCUGCGCAACCACCUGGUGCACAAGCUAGUGCAGGCCAUCUUCCCCACUCCGGACCCCGCGGCCCUGAAGGACCGACGGAUGGAGAACCUGGUGGCCUACGCCCGUAAGGUGGAGGGCGACAUGUACGAGUCGGCCAACAGCCGGGCCGAGUACUAUCACCUGCUGGCGGAAAAGAUCUACAAGAUCCAGAAGGAGCUGGAGGAGAAGCGCCGCACACGUCUGCAGAAGCAGGGAGUGAUGCCUGCUCAGGCGGGCCUGCCCCCUCCGUCCCUCGGACCCCCUCCCUCCCUAGGACCCCCUCCCUCCCUCGGGCCGCCUCCGCCCUCGGGACUACCUCCGCCCUCGGGGCUGCCUCCCAACAGCCCCCUGCCUGACCCCUCCCUCCGUCCCGCUGUUCCCAACCAGAUGGUGAACAGGAUGCAGAGCCCCCCAGGAAUGGCCCAGUUCAGCCAGAUGGGAAUGCAGACCCUGGGCCAGAAACCUACCCCUCCGAUCCAGAUAGGGUCACCCAUCAACCAGCCUCAAAUGGGUGUGGGGGCGCCGCGAAUGGGACAGUCCAACGUGGCUCCACUCCAGAACCAGUACCUGCCUCCGGGCCAGUUCCCCAGCUCUGGCCCAGUCCUGGGGACUGGCCCAGUUGGGAUGACUCAGCCUGUGACUCAAGGAGGAGGUGUGCAGCAGGGUCAGAUGCGCUCCCCCUCUUCACUUCCGGUCAGUAGUCCCGCAGCACCGCCUGGCUCCGAAGGAGGCGCUGCCGUCGGAUCCACUCUGGGCUCCUUGACGCCCGGCAGUGUGGGAGGGCGUCCCCCAUCCACUGGACCCCUGCAGCCAAACUCGCUCCCCCACUGCCCAGCCAUCCACCAGAGCUCGUCUCCUUCCCCCGCCCGCAGCCGGACGCCCACCCCUCACCCUGCCACUCCAGGUCUCCUGGGAUCUCAGACGCCCCAGCCUCAGACCCCAAAUCCUCCCCAGCUCAGUCUCCCAGCACAACAGAUGCAGCAGCUGGGUGCUGCCCUGAGCCUGGACAAGCCCAUGCAGCUACAGCAGCAACCGUCAAGUGGCGGGCCGUCGAUGGCGCCUCAGGUGGGGUUAGGGUCCUCUGGCCCUGCUCAGGGUGCCCCCCUGGCACCUCAGCACCCGCGCACACCACUUUCCCAGAAGCCUUCGCUUAUGGCCGACGGACAGGUCUCCACCCCGGCCUCGGUCAGCAGCGUGGACAUGACGGCGUCCCACUCGGGCGCCUCUCAGGACCCGGCCGGCGCCCUGGACCCCCGGGUUGACCUCAAGCAGCAGGAUGAGGAGGAUGGAGGGUCCGGCGGGCUGAUGGCGGGGGGCGGCUUGGGGGGGAAGCAGGUGGACAUCAAGGCUGAGAAGUUGGAGGAAGAGCCCAUGGGCGACAGGGUCAAGACUGAGCCCAUGGAAACGUCUUUGGGCUCAGCAAGUGAGGACCGCAAGCCGGAGGUGAAGACUGAAGCCAAGGAGGAGGAUGAUGCUUCAGGGGGAACCGGGACUCUCAGCUCGCCUGCCAGCGCUCAGAACAGGAAGAAAAUCUUCAAGCCCGAGGAGCUGCGGCAGGCCCUGAUGCCCACCCUAGAGGCUCUCUACCGCCAGGACCCAGAGUCACUCCCUUUCCGGCAGCCUGUGGACCCUCAGCUGCUGGGAAUUCCUGACUACUUCGACAUCGUGAAGAACCCCAUCGACCUGUCCACCAUCAAGCGCAAGCUGGACACGGGCCAGUACCAGGAGCCCUGGCAGUACGUGGACGACGUCUGGCUCAUGUUCAACAACGCCUGGCUCUACAACCGCAAGACCUCGCGCGUCUACAAGUACUGCUCCAAGCUGGCCGAGGUCUUCGACCAGGAGAUCGACCCGGUCAUGCAGGGCCUGGGCUACUGCUGUGGGAGGAAGCUGGAAUUCUCCCCCCAGACCCUGUGCUGCUAUGGAAAGCAGCUAUGCACCAUACCUCGCGAUGCUGCCUAUUUCAGCUACCAGAACAGCUCACCACAAUAUGGGCUUCUUGCUGACAGGUACCACUUCUGUGAGAAGUGUUUCAACGAAAUCCAGGGCGAGAGCGUUUCCCUGGGGGACGACCCCUCCCAACCACAGACAUCCAUCGGCAAAGAACAGUGAAAGAAAAAGAACGACACACUGGACCCCGAACUACUUUUGGAAUGUAUCGACUGUGGUCGCAAAAUGCACCAGAUCUGUGUUCUGCACAACGACACGAUAUGGCCGUCAGGCUUUGUUUGUGGUGGCUGUCUGAAGAAAGCCAACAAGACCCGAAAAGAGAACAAGUACUCGGCCAAAAGGCUCCCCCAAACCAAGCUGGGAAACUUCCUGGAGGCCCGUGUCAACGAGUACCUGAGGAGACAGGCCCACCCGGAAUCUGGUGACGUUACCAUCCGCGUGGUCCACGUCUCCGACAAGGUGGUGGAGGUCAAGCCUGGCAUGAAGGCUAGGUUUGUGGACAGUGGUGAAAUGGCAGAGUCGUUCCCCUACAGAACGAAGGCGCUUUUUGCGUUCGAGGACAUCGACGGCGCCGACGUCUGCUUCUUCGGCAUGCACGUGCAGGAGUAUGGCUCGGACUGUCCGCCGCCCAAUCAGAGGCGUGUGUACAUCUCCUACCUGGACAGCGUACACUUCUUCCAACCACGGUGUCUGAGGACGGCCGUGUACCACGAGAUCCUCAUUGGCUACCUGGAGUACGUGAAGAAGCUGGGGUACACGACAGGCCACAUCUGGGCAUGUCCCCCGAGCGAGGGAGAUGACUAUAUCUUCCACUGCCACCCAGCCGACCAGAAGAUCCCCAAACCCAAGAGACUGCAGGAGUGGUACCGCAAGAUGCUGGACAAGGCUGUGGCUGAGCGCAUCGUUCACGACUACAAGGAUAUCUUCAAGCAGGCGACGGAGGACCGCCUCACCAGUGCCAAGGAGCUGCCCUACUUCGAGGGCGACUUCUGGCCCAACGUGCUGGAGGAGAGCAUCAAGGAGCUGGAGCAGGAGGAGGAGGAGCGCAAGAGGGAGGAGAACAGCACCUCCAGCGAGAGCAUCGACGCCACCAAGGGCGACAGCAAGAACGCCAAGAAGAAGAACAACAAGAAGACGAGCAAGAACAAGAGCAGCCUGAGCCGAGCCAACAAGAAGAAGCCGGGGAUGCCCAGCGUGUCCAACGACCUGUCGCAGAAGCUCUACGCCACCAUGGAGAAGCACAAGGAGGUGUUCUUUGUGAUCCGGUUGAUCACGGGGCCCACGGCCAACUCCCUGCCGCCCAUCGUGGACCCGGACCCGCUGAUGGCCUGCGACCUGAUGGACGGGCGCGACGCCUUCCUGACGCUGGCGCGCGAUAAGCACUGGGAGUUCUCCUCGCUGCGGCGCGCCAAGUGGAGCUCCAUGUGCAUGCUGGUGGAGCUGCACAACCAGGGCCAGGACCGCUUCGUCUACACCUGCAACGAGUGCAAGCACCACGUGGAGACGCGCUUCCACUGCACCGUCUGCGAGGACUAUGACCUGUGCAUCACCUGCUACAACAGCAAGGGUCACGAGCACAAGAUGGAGAAGUUAGGCCUGGGGCUAGACGACGAGAGUGGUGGUCAGGCAGCGUCGGCCACACAGAGCCCCGGAGACUCGCGCCGCCUGAGCAUCCAGCGCUGCAUCCAGUCGCUGGUGCAUGCCUGCCAGUGCCGCAACGCCAACUGCUUGCUGCCAUCCUGCCAGAAGAUGAAGCGCGUGGUACAGCACACCAAGGGCUGCAAGCGCAAGACCAACGGCGGCUGCCCCAUCUGCAAGCAGCUGAUUGCGCUCUGCUGCUACCACGCCAAGCACUGCCAAGAGAACAAGUGCCCCGUGCCCUUCUGCCUCAACAUCAAGCACAAGUUGCGCCAACAGCAGCUGCAGCACCGACUGCAGCAGGCGCAGAUGCUGCGACGCCGCAUGGCCAGCAUGCAGCGCAUUGGCCCGCCCGGUGGCGGAGGGGGCGCCGCCAGCCUGCCAUCGCCGGGGAGUGGGGCCACCACUGCCCCUGGCACGCCUACGUCCAGCGGUGGCCAGACGCCCAAUUCGCAGACGCCCACCCAGCCUGGCAUUCCGCCCAUGCCACAGUCUGGGAUGGGAGGUGUCCCGCCCAUGCAGCAGCCGCAACCGAUGCAGCAGCAGGUCCCUCAGCAGCAGCAGCAGCAGCAGCAGCAGCAGCUCCACUACCCCAUGCAGAUGGUGCAGGGGGCUGGCAUGAUGAAUUCACCCCAGCAUCCACAGCAGCAGAUGGUCUCGCAAUUGCAGCAGCCUCUGCCUGGCCAGCAGCUUCCGCAUGGAAAUGCCCCACCUCAGCACAUACCCCGGCCCCCAGGCUCCUCCCCCCACCCUCCGUCCCAGGGAAAGCCAAGCCUCGGUCCGGCCACGCCCCCCCAGCAGCCACCCAGCGCUGGUCAACCUGCCUUGCAGCCACAGCAGUCAGCAGGCCCCCCACAGGCAGCGCUGGAGAUGGCCAUGAAGAUCCAGCGUGUCGCCGAGACGCAGUGGCAGAUGGCACAGGCGCAGAUGCUGCAGCGGCAGGCGGCUGGCAUGAUGCCCCCCCACCCACACCACCAGCCCCAGCAGCCGCAGGGCGUGCCCAUGAAUCACCCGGCCAGCAGCAUGGUAGGCAUGACUCCUCAAGCUCAGGCUGCCGCACGUGCCCACAUAGAGCAGCAGUCCCCACAGGGCACCCCCCAGGGCCCGAUGGCACCGCAGUUCCAGCACCCCCAGCAACCGCAGCAGCAGCCAGCUUGGGGUGGCCCAGCUAUGCAGCCCCAGCCCAGGUCGGGCAUGAUUGGCCAGAUGGGGCACCCAGGGAUGGUCCCGGGCCAACAGCAGGUCCCCCAGCAGCAGCAGGCUAUCCGCAGCAGCGCCAUGGGAGUGGGCCCCCCAGGGGCUGCAGGGACAGCGGGCAGCAACAACCUGCCCCAGGCUGCCCUGCAGGAGCUGCUGCGCACCCUGCGUUCGCCCAGCUCGACCUUACAGCAACAGCAGGUGCUCAAGAUCCUGCGGCUAAACCCGCAGCUCAUGGCUGCCUUCAUCAAACAGCGGGCCGCCAAAUACCAGGGCGCAGCGGCGGGCAGUCAGCCGGCUCCGGUGGGAAUAGAUGGGCAGGGUGUCAGCGUGAACCCCGGGGUCCAAGUGGCGGGUAUGCAGCUGGGGCAGGGGGUGGGCUUGUCACCAGUGGCUCAGCUGCAGCAACAACAGCUGCAGCAGCAACAACAACAACAGCUGCAGCAGCAACAACAACAACAGCUGCAACAACAGCUGCAGCAACAACAACAACAACAGCUGCAACAACAACAGCUGCAGCAACAACAACAACAACAGCUGCAACAACAACAGCUGCAGCAACAACAACAACAGCUGCAACAGCAGCAGCAGCAACAACAACAACAACAGCUGCAGCAACAACAGCAGCAGCAGCAACAAGUCCAGCAAAGGCCUCUGCUCAGCGGUGGUUUGCAGCAGCAGCCGCAGCAGGGAGUCAUGCCACCCCAGGGAUCCAUGUCCAAUAUCAACCCUCAGUUCAGAGAACUAUUGAUUCGGCGACAGCAACUCCAACAACAACAGCAGCAGCAGCAACUCCAACAACAACAGCAGCAGCAGCAACUCCAACAACAACAGCAGCAGCAGCAACUCCAACAACAACAGCAGCAGCAGCAACUCCAACAACAACAGCAGCAGCAGCAACAACAGCAGCAACAGCAGCAGCAGAUGGGCAACCAUGCACAGUUCCAGCAGCCCCAGCCCCCCCAGCAACAAGGAUACCUGGCCCAGCCUGGAGGUCCACAGCCUAUGCAGCAGCAGGGCCCCCCUGUGGGGCAGCAGGGCCAGGGCUACCCCGGGGGAGUGUCCCAUCAGCAGGUGGCUAUAGCCAUUCAACAGCGCCAGCAGCAACAUGCCAUGGUCGGGCUGCAGGGGCUUGAGGGUGCGGCAGCAGGUGGCGCUGCAGGCCCUCCACAGCAGCAGCAGAACCCACAAGGCGGCCCUCAGCCUCAAAGCAGCCAGGUACUAUUUCAGCAAGCUCUGCAUCAGCGACGGCUGCAGCAACAGCAACAGCAGCAGCAGCAACAGCAGCAGCAGCAGCAGCAACAGCAGCAUCUUGCCGGGGGCUCCCCAGCCCAGCACAACAGCCCCAUCAGCCCCCAGCAGCAGAUGGCACAGUCGCCCCACCCCCAUCUGCAGGCUCCGCCUCUGUCUGCAGCCGCCUCAUCUCCCGGCAACCAAGUUCGCUCGCUACAGCCCUCCCCACGGCCCCAGUCGCAGCCCCCGCACUCCAGCCCCUCGCCCCGCAUGCAGCCCCAGCCGUCCCCCCACCACAUUUCCCCCCAGACGCAGACGGGCUCCCCCCACCCCGCUCAUCUUCCCCAGCAUCACUCGGGCAUGGUGGCACCCCAGCCCCUACAGCAGCAGCAACAACAGCAGCAACAGAACUCCAUGGACCCAGGUCCGUUUGGCACCGACCCGAACGCCAUGCUGUCUCAGCUCAGUGGGCUGGGUGGCAUGCAUGGGGCGGGGGCGCCAGACCUGUUGGCUGGGAACAGAGCGGACCUAGGGUCCAACGUCAAUCACAGUACCUUAGACAUGAUGUAGCAUUACAGUGCGUUGAAAGAGUUCCUGCGGGAAUGGCGUUAGAAUUGUCCUUUUUAUUUAAAACUUUUUCAAAAUAAAGAACUGAACUUCCUAUGGGAGAUGCUGCAAUUAAAUCACGUCAAUGAAUAAAUACAAUAAAUAAAUUGUAAGUUACUGCUGUUAAUAUAUUUUUUGCCAGUUGUACAAAGGUUUGGGGGGAGAAUAGUGCAGUAUUUCAGUCCAUCUGAGAAUGGGGCAUAUUUUUGGGGGUUUAGUCUGGUUAUUUGCCUUUUUAAUAGAUAUUUUUAAGAUUUUAAAAAAUGGCAAAAAAAAAUUAAAGGACAAACUGAUUUCAAACAACAGGCUUUGUAUUUUUUUCCCUCCACCCAAAGCAGUCAUGAUUGUAUCUGUUUUUCUGAGUGAGGUAGAUAUUACUACUCUUGCUAUUGAGGUUUUUUUUUUCUUUUUUAUUUAUUUAUUAUUUUUUUUAAAUCCGAACAUGUAUCAACUUUUUCCGAAUGCUAUACUUUUUAAUUUUUUGUUUUAGUGUUUGUUGAAAUUGUAAAUUCUGCUGAAACUUUGUUGAAAUGACUGUUAAAAUAGGAUUGAUAUACGUACUAAGAAAGGGAGAUUGAUAUCUUGUGUUUCUCCAGUAUUGCCACUUUGUGCAGUUGGGGUAACGUACAGCGACGAUGAAUUAAUGGGCAGUCUGCGUCCCCCACGUCCCCAUGAAUGUGCGUUCUGUCCUGUAGGUUGCAGAAACCGCAAGGGUCACCUGUUACCAGUCUUUGGGACUCCUGCUGUUGAGCAGUGUGACUGCGUAAGGCGAGGGGGGGGAUGUAAUUGGAGACGAGCUCCAUCUCUUUCAAUCAGUCUUUGGCCCUUGAUUUCCAAUGGGCCAUGUCCUCCGCAGCUCUGAAACGUACGGUUUCCCUUUGGAAGAAUCUGCAAUCUUCUCAGCUCUGUAAUCCUCGCAGCAUUUGGAAUUCUAUCUGUACUGUAUAAAGCCAAUAUGUUUGUGGACUCAAGCUUUCUGUUAUGGAAGAAUACAGAAAGAUGGACCUAAAGAUGAGUGACUCUUUUGGGUAUCCCUCAUUUAAUUUCAAUGUUCAUUUUCUUGAAACAUGUAAAUAGUAAAAGUUUUGUGGGAUUAUGGGUGCAGGAGAUGGGUGUGACUAAUAAGCACGUUUCGCCUUUCUGGCUGGGUUCUGUAGCAGGUUCCUGCAGUUGUGUCCUCAGGUAUGUUGCUUGUCCUGAGGCACAGACUGGCCCAAAUGCUGUGUGUCAGUUCGAAACUGGCACCUUUUCCGGGGUCACCAUUAAUGGAGGCUGGGCUGGGGGGAGAAGGGGGCGAAUUCACAACAAUGUAAGCAGUGGCAAUAUGGGUUGAGACUUAUUUUAUUAAAAAAAUCUGUCUUUAUAUAUAGAUUUAUUUAAUUUUUUGAAUAAAACUUGAAACUACAGAUUUUUUUUUAAUUUAACUGAAUAUGAAAUGGACUCUGCGCCUGUUCCGGUCCCCUACGGGGCUACUGCAUAAAUUGUGGUUUGAAGAUCUGGGUGCUGUUACAUGCACACAAGGAGAGGAUACACACACUGAAUUACUGUACAGACUGGCAUGGCAGCCGGACUUUUUCCCCUUCCCUGAAGAAAGAUGAACUUGCCGACUGGAAAAAGGACCUUAAUUGAAUAUUUUUUUUUUUGUUUUGUUUUCCAAGGUAUGCUUUGGCCCCAUCUGGACAUUUUGGUGCUUCCUGAAAGGAAGCAAAAAAAGUGGAAUUGUCGCUUUAGUUUUUUUCUUAAAUUAUUUUGGUGGUCUUUUUUUUUGCCAACUAUUUAAUUGUACAUUAAAGUAUGUUUGUAUCCCUGGGAAAAGUA